AUGUCUGAUCCAGAUAAUUCUGAUACUACUCCUGUUUUUUUGUCUAUCGCUGAAAGAAUAAAACUUCUGCUAAAUAAUGGAAACAGCAAGACUCCCAAAAGUAACAUUACUGUUCCCAAACCAAUCAUUUCAUCGCAAGCAUCUACUACACAGAAUUUAGAAGAAUCAACAUUGUUAACAUCUAACCUUCCUUCAACGCAUCAGACUUCAUCGUCUAAUGCGUUAAUUGUUCCUGAUAACCCUGAUCCAAUUACGAUUCCACAAAGAAAUUCAUCUCCGUUAGAAAAGUUACCUAUUACUGAUAGAAUAGAGGCCAGUUUGUUGAACGAUCUAUUAAAUGAGAUCAAAAGUCCUCCUAAUAUAUUGGUACUGGAUAUUAGAUUUAGAAAUGAAUUCGAAAAGGGACAUAUAAAAACAAAAAAUGUUGUAUGUUUGGAACCAUUCCUUUUAGAGGAUGGGAUAUCUUCGGUAACCCUUGAAACAAACUUAAAAAAAACUUGCCCUAAACAUGAACAGAACCUUUUUGCUGAGCGAAAUACUUUUGAUCUAGUAGUAUAUCAUGGCUACGGUUCUGAAUUAAAUCCUAAAAACUGUGCCGUUAACUUAAUUCAAGCAAUUUUUGAAAAAGAAUUUGAGAAGCCAUUAAAAAGAUAUCCUGUAUUAUUGGUCGGAGGAUUUAUUGCGUGGGAACAGUUGAUAGGUGAAACUGGAAUUGUGCGUAAUAUUCCUAACUUUCAAACAGAUCCAAUUGCUAUAUACGAUAAGGCUGGAAUGGCUAACUUCACUACUCAUGAUACGCAUGAUACGCCUUAUGAUUCGACGCAAAAUGGUGCAAACCAAUAUGUUAAAGAAACUUCCAUGACAAAUUUCGACAGACUGAUAAUCUCUCCUCGAAAUCGUGAUCCUUUUAAAAGAGCUGGAAAAAUUAUUACUUUUGGCCAUAAUCGUGCAUCUAUUAUACUAAAUACUUUGGAUUUUGUAAUAAUUACUGUAAUCUUUUUUGGUAAAAAUGUUACUUCUCAGUAUCAACAACCUAGUGACUCAUCAACGCAGUUUACGCCUCUAACUUAUCGUUCGGAAAAUCCGUUAGACAGUAUAUUCUCUAAUGAUUUGACGGAUAAUAAAUCGAAACCUAAAAUAGCUGCUCCAAAUAAGCCGCUUCCAAGACCAAUUCCUAAUUCUUCUGUUAAUUCAGAUGAUUCGUCAGUUACUAAGUCUGGUAGUGGUUUGCGGCGUCGUAAAACCAUUUUUGAUCAUCCGUACCACGGCUUUAGCGAAGUAAAAAAUCCGGAUUAUAAUUCAUUAAAACGUCCUCCUCCUCCAAAAAAACCAUUACCGCAGAUCCCAUAUGAACAACAAACCAUUUCAUCUGUUACUCCCACUAACAAUCUUGUUCCAAUGAAUGAUAAACGUCCUAAAUUUUCUCACGCUUCUGAGAGUAGCUUUUCUCAAUUAGGUUCCGGCAUUGGUACCACCGGUUUAAGAAAUCUAGGCAAUACUUGCUUUAUGAAUUCCAUUAUUCAAUGUUUAAGCGGUACUUUACCAUUUGCAAGGUACUUUUUGGAUGGUAGUUUUAAAAGACAUAUAAAUAGAGACAACCCUUUAGGUACUAAAGGUGUCCUGGCUGAUAAAUUUGCUACUUUGAUAAGAGUAAUGUGGAGUGAUCAAUAUGUUUCUAUCUCUCCUGUAUCUCUUAAAGAAGCUAUUGGAUGUUUUGCUCCUCAAUUCUCUGGAUCUGAACAACAGGAUUCUCAGGAAUUUUUAGCUUACUUAUUGGAUGGUUUACAUGAAGAUUUAAAUAUAAAUUACAAUUCUGUAAAUAAUGAUUUAGCUCCUCUAGAUGCUGAUGAAUUUGAAAAGUUAUCUCCAAGUAUAGCUUCUGAAUUAGCUUGGGAAAAACAUUUGAUGCGUAAUUCUUCUAUUGUUGUCAGCUUAUUCCAGGGCCAAUUUUGCAAUCGAUUGAUGUGUAUGACUUGUGGAAAAACUUCUACGUCCUAUGACGUAUUUAUGUACCUUUCUUUACCUAUACCUACCAAUAUUAAAAAUAAUGUGCAUGUAGAUUUAGAAAUGUGUCUUAAAGGUUUUAUAAAAGAGGAAAUAUUAGAUGGAAAUGAUGCCUGGAAUUGCCCUAGAUGUAAAUGUCCUAGACGUACAACAAAACAACUCUCCAUCUCUCGAUUACCUGAUAUCUUGUUGAUUCAUCUUAAAAGAUUUUCAUUUUAUGGACCUUUUAGAGAUAAACUUGACACAAUGAUUCAUUUUCCUGUUAGACGUUUAGAUUUAACUCCAUAUGUACAGUCUCAAUCUAUGUCUUCUGAUUUACGGCAAAUGGGUCCUUUUAUAUAUGAUUUAUAUGCUGUUUCAAAUCAUUACGGUGGAUUAAAUGGUGGUCAUUAUACAGCAUGUGUACGAAAUGGUUAUAGGAACGAAUGGCAUAAUUUUGAUGAUAGUCGUGCAUCUAUAUGUGAUGAACAAGAUAUUGUGGUAUGUAUAUCGUAA